AUGGCAGACGUACGCGAUAUUCUGGAUAUCGAAGUGCCUACAACUACAGAACUUACGAAGGAAUCGAUACUAGGUAGCGACAAGAAGAAUCGUAAACGGUAUGACUACAACAAAGUGCCAAAACGUCCUGAGGGUAUGCACCGCGAGGUGUUCGCGCUCCUUUGUAAGGACAAUAAUGACAUGCCGCCGUUGUUUCCAACCGACACGGCGAAAGGAUACAAGCAGGUACGAGCCAAGCUUGGUAUGAAAAAAGUGAGGCCGUGGAAAUGGACACCGUUUACCAAUCCGGCACGCACGGAUGGUGCUGUGUUUCAUCACUGGAGGCGUGUUGCUGAUGCCACGAAGGAAUAUCCCUUUGCAAAGUUCAACAAGAAAGUUCCUAUUCCUACAUACACAAAUGCUGAAUACGUUCAACAUUUAGUGACCAAUGGUUGGUCACGGGCAGAAACGGAUCACUUGUUUGACUUGUGCAGGAGAUUUGACCUUAGAUUUAUUAUUAUUAAGGAUAGGUGGGACCGUACUAAAUUUGUCCCAAGAUCUGUAGAAGAUUUAAAAGAGAGAUAUUACCAGGUAUGCGCUGCAUUGACAAAGGCAAAAUCUCACACUGAUAAGAUAUACAUCUUUGAUGCGGAACAUGAGAAGCGUAGAAAAGAACAGCUAAAAAAGUUGUUUGAACGUACUCCUGAGCAAGUGGACGAAGAACAGACUCUACUCGCUGAGCUACGCAAGAUUGAACAAAGGAAAAAAGAGAGAGAUAGAAAAACGCAAGAUUUGCAAAAAUUAAUUACAGCAGCUGAUCAUCAAGCAGAUCCCAGAAAAAGCGAGAGAAAAUCUUCCAAAAAAAGUAGUAGUUCUUCUAGGAAUAGACCAAACAAAACUGAUACUUCCCAUGCAGUGGAGUCAGCUGGAAUUAAGUUCCCUGAUUUCAAAAAUAGUGGUGUUACUCUUCGUUCUCAGAGGAUCAAAUUACCAAGUAGUCUUGGUCAAAAAAAGAUGAAAGGCAUUGAACAAAUGCUAAAUGAAUUAAAAUUAGAAUUGAAUCCACCACCGACGGAACAGAUAUGUCAGCAAUUUAAUGAACUACGUAGCGACAUAGUUUUACAUUAUGAAUUGAGAAGCGCAUUGUCGACAUGUGAUUAUGAAUUACAAUCUUUAAGGCACCAAUAUGAAGCAUUAGCACCUGGAAAGACUUUAACGAUACCAGCGGCACUCCUGCCAAAAACAGAACCUGAAGUUAAAGCAGAUAUCAUCGAUGUUGUAGGAUCGCCCAGCAUGCCCAGUAUUACUCAUUAAUCUCCAAAGAUAUAUUAUAUAGAUAUAUAUAUAUAUAUACACACAAAAGUUAAUUACGUUUUUGCUGUAAAUAUUAUUUCUCUAUCAGCAUGCCAAUGAUAUUCAUCAUCAAAAGUUAUCGAGCAUGCGAUCCAUAUUACGAUUAUUAUACAUGAUGAUUAUAUAUGAUUUUUAUCUUGUAUUAAAAAGAAAUAAACGAUUUAAUUGUAAUUGCGCGAAUUUACGACAUACACAAUACCAUCUUGUUAACAUAGUAAUCGGUAACAUGCGAGGUAAAGAAAUAAAAUCGAAAACAGCGAUGGUAAUUACUUAUAUAUCUGUGUAUUUUUUAUAUUGUCGACAAAAAGUAACAAUGUACGGUCAAACCGUAUAAUUUAUCUACAACAAUCUACAAUAGAUUACAAUAUGUUGUUUUGUUUUUCUUGAGGGUAUAGGGGGUAAUUGGGUGUAGAGAGGGAAUACAAGAUCGGGAAAAGGACGGGUGGGAAAAAGGGUAUUGACGGUAAGAGUGUGAAGAGUAUUGGAUGGUCGUCGAUGCAGGCCUUUCUUCGUUCGUGCUCGCGUUACAGUCGACUCAUUAAUCCUAUAAUAAAGUACUCGGUAGCUCUCUAGCCGUACUUGGUACGGAAUAAUGCAUGUAUAUCUGCGAUAAUAAUCGAUAAACCAGCGCGGUGUAUCCCGCCUGUUUCCCGGCUGCUGCGUGCCGCGAGGAUUCACCCGAUCAAAGUUAAGCAAAACGGUGCAAUCAGGCGGAAUAUCGUUGAUAUCGUGACGGAUUGUUCGUAGAUACAGGACGUAUCGUCUUGACACUUUGAUCGCUGUCGUCCUAGCGGCACUAACAGCUGUCUUAUGCUCGACGGUCGCAUACCGGUCUGUUCUCGUCGAAGGAGAUUUAUCUUUCUCGAAGCAGCUGCUAACUGUCAAAUAGUAUCGCGCAUCCGAAUCAUCCUAUAGUCGCGGACUAACAAUAAUGCAUUAUGUUUUGAAACCUUAUAAAAAUUUACAUCUCGGUAUGACACGCGUUUUUUUUUUCUACGACACUCUAGCUUAUCUACUAAGUAGUAAAUGCUAUAAGAAAAGUUUAAAUGCGUAUGUAACAUCAUCGCGUCGUUUGCGUAUGCUACGUACAUCUUUGCGCGUACGGAAUAUAUAUCUGAAUGUCUUUUCACGCGAAAUAUAUAUGAUUGAUACAAUUCAAGAGUUAGAGCUGCCUCGCACGCGUAAAAUCGCAUCGAAUAGCGAUUGACAGAUGUAUAUCGCGACCGUUUGAAGAAGAUGCCGCUUGUCCUUGACGUGCUGUUCGAUUUCUUAAAACGAGAGAGACUGACAAUGAGACUUAACGAUAAAGUUUACUGUCGGUGCACGGAACUUAAAAUAAUGGAACGGAGAGGUACAAUAGUCGCCUCCUAGGAACGUUUUUACAUACCGAACAGUUCAAGUAAUUAAGGGAGUUCGAUCCAAGAUUCGAAAUCGAAAAACAAAAUUAUCGACACUGUGUCGUCUAACGAUCCUGUCCCGCAGGCAUUUAAAACGCAACGAAAUUCUCUCGUUUGUCAAUAUCGUUAAUAACGACAAUAAUAACCAUUUCUUGUGCCCGCUCUCGCUUGUCCUAUGACAAUAUUAUGCAUUAAUAUAUACGUAUAUACAAUGGCGAGAUGUGGGGGAGCGCUCUUUUUUUUUUUUCUUUAUUCUUCACCAUAACAAGAGAUGUGUGAGAUCGAUGUACGAGGAUCUUUGCAGGCUCGGCCACUCAAACGUGCUCCAAUCCGAUUUAUUCACGCCACCAAUUCAUUGAGCAUCGUCUGAUACUGCCGAGCCUUUAAUCACCUCAAGCAAUUAAUUAUAUCGCCGCGGUACAAUAAUGAAUACGCCUAUAACAAUAAUGUCGCAAUAACCAUUUGUAGCAAUAAUGAUACUAAUCGUCCGCAAUAGGGCGUGUGCAUGCAGAAAAUAGAGCGCUGAGAGAUGAAUCCAUUGCGAUAUUUUUACUUAUCCCUGCGCAAUCUAAUUUGCAAAUUGUAAUUGGAUAAAUAACUAUAGAUACGAGUAUGUCCAGGUGUGUGAUUAAAAGAAUCAGCGGUAUUUUUUUUUUUCGGCUUUAUAUAUCUUAAUUAGAAUGUUUAUCGCAUAACGUUCGCUCUCAAGUUUAACUGAGAAUUAAUUAUUACUUUAAAUCUCUUAUAACGCGAUUUUAGAUACUCUCUGAAGAUUAUUUUCUUUUACUUGUGUAAUUAUAAUGAUGAUAACAACAAUGUAAGAAUAUUUUGAAUUAAAAGUAAGAGAGAAAUUUUUACUAACGAAAUGGGAUAAGAGAAAAACAAAAGUUAUAAUGCAAAAAAGAUACUCGCUCUCUCUCUCUCUCUCUCUCUCUCUCUCUCUGUCUCUGUCUCUCUCUUCUGUAAAAAUUAAUGCUGAAAAAGAAUCUGCAUGUAUCGUGAUAUAUGUAUAAUAAAAUCGAGCGAUACAAAUAUAGAGCUCGAUCGUUCAUUAUCUUUGUUUUUGUUUGAGUUUAUUGAAUAGUAGUGUGGGAUAGAUAGAAUGUAAACUCUCUUGUUACUUGAUUAUUGUCGACUGUGUAUCAAUAAAUAUUCGCGAAUCAAAGUUUUGAAGAGUCAGAAUACGCUUAUACAAUAUUCAGCGUGUAAGCGAGAUCUUUGGAAACUUUGAAGAAUCGUUCGCAUGACUUCAAUUUAACGCUAUCGUAACGUUGCGCUUCUUCCAACAAUCGGUUUUUAACUGACUAUUUAAUAUGCAAUUAAUACAUAGUGGAAAGUUUUUUUCUCCAAGAGUAUUCUAAAUAAAUGCCUACGUUAAUUCGAGCUGUUGUAUAACGUGGCUUCUUUCUUUCACUCAUUUUAAGUACUUUCUGUUGCAUGAAAAUUCAAGUAAAGAGUGACGUAGGCGAAGGUGUACCUUCGUAAGAAUCGGAAUUAAUCACGCAAGAUUAUUACGAUAUAUUUCUGCCGUUCGAGGCUGCUUAAUGUCGCAGCUUCUCUAAAGGAGCCACGCGCGCCAAGAAGAUACACAGUCUCCUUCGGAUAAAUAGCGUGUAAGAGUGAAAUUUUUCUGUUCUAUCGCAAGACUCCGCAGGAAAGCGUUGCCAAAUGGCAAAAGUGGAGAAAUGAGCGGUUAGCAUGUAAAGGGAGUAGUGCAAAUCCGCGACAAGCCAUACGCCGUACUUUACUAAAGAGCAUCGCCCGCAGAUAGCGUAAUUUUCAUUACCAAGAAGUAGAAUGAGUUUCAAACAAACAUCAUCUCAUUACGGCGUCGCCGUUUUAACGCAUCGGGGACGAGAGUCAUCUUUGCACUUUGAUCGUGAAAAAAUUACAUUUGCGAAUGUCAUUCCUUUUAUUUUUGUUUGGAAUAAAUCAUGUAAUAUUAUCGUGGAACUUAAUAUUUGUUUUAAUCGUUAAAUUAGUUCGCAAUCGUGAACGUAAGUACCUGCAGAAGAGAAUUUAGAUUUUUAUCGCGAUUGUUAUUGUUCAAGUUCAAAUUCCAAUUUAAAUUCGAAAAAUUACUAUUACCUAAUACUCGAUCAUUGCCUAUUAAAGUCAUUAGAUCCUUUAAUUAAUUUUAAUCUUUAAAUAAAAACUUGAUUCUUUUUAAAAAAAACUGUCCACAAUGCGUUAAACGGAUGUUGCAUCCUUUUCCUCUCAUAUCUCCAUUGUCAAAAUUGAUAUUGCGAAUUCUUAUCGUAACAAUUUGUAUUAAUAAUUUAUUUAUAUUAAUAAAAGUCAAUAAGUUCCGUCACCGCCGUGGCUUUUCUCGCGACGAAAGCAAAAAAAAGAAACAGAA